AUGAGCAGCAUUGUGGGAAAGUUUACUAAAGGAGCUUCCUGGGAGGAACUCAUUCAGGCAAGCAUCCAGUCAUUCGAUGACGAUGGUAAUGUUUGCCACAGCAGCCAUCUUUUGAACAUCACUCUCACCAUGCACCGAUUACUACUGUCCUCCAAUGAUCUCCUGGACAAGCUGAUUAUCCUCUUUAAAAAUACACUGGAGGAUGAAAAAUCUGCAGCAUGCCUGAAAAUAUGUUAUUUCAUUCGAUAUUGGAUAAGUGAGUUCUGGACCAUGUUCCAGUUGCACAGCUGUCUGGCAGAAACUUUGGAGCAAUUUAAGGAGCUUAUGAGGGAACAUGGACAGGAGAAUCUCUGUCCUUUACUCCAAACCAAGUGGAUGGGUGACAGAGUGUGGUCUCACAAAGCCAGUCAGAAAAUCAAGGUAAGAAGCAGCAGGAAGAGGAAAGUGUCUUUGCUCUUCGAUCAUUUGGAGCCUGUGGAGUUAGCUGAACAUCUCACCUACUUGGAGUUCAAAUCUUUCUGCAGGAUAUCUUUUGCAGAUUACCAGAAAUAUAUCCGAAAUGAGAGUUUGUCAGAGAUCCCCACGAUGGAACGUUCCAUUGCACUGUGCAAUGGUAUCUCCCAGUGGGUGCAGCUCAUGGUGCUCAGUCGACCGACCCCUCAGCUCCGAGCAGAGGUUUUCACCAAGUUCAUCUAUGUAGCGCAGAACCUCCAUCAGAUGCAGAACUUUAACUCUCUUAUGGCUGUGGUGGGAGGCCUCUGUCACACGUCUAUUUCCCGCCUGAAAGACACGUGUACACACGUGCCAAAUGAAACCACCAAGGUUCUGAGUGAAAUGACCGAUCUGCUCUCAUCAUCUAGAAACUACGAGAAUUACAGACAAGCAUACAGCAAAUCCACAGGCUUCAAGAUUCCUAUCUUGGGGGUCCAUCUGAAAGACUUGAUUGCCGUGAACGAGGCCAUGACUGACUAUGUAGACAACGGCAAGGUCAAUGUGCAGAAACUUCAGGCCCUCUACAACCACAUAAACGAACUCAUCCAACUGCAGCAGAAUCCACCACUCCUAGAUGCAAACAAAGACCUAGUGCACUUACUGACCCUGUCUCUUGACCUGUACUACACCGAGGAUGAAAUCUAUGAGCUGUCCUACGCAAGAGAGCCGAGGAACCACAGAGCACCUCCAGCGACUCCUUACAGACCCCCUGUGGUGGUGGACUGGGCUUCAGGUGUGGCUCCCAAGCCAGAUCCCAAAACCAUCAGCAAACAUGUUCAGAGAAUGGUCGAUUCUGUGUUUAUGAAUUACGACCAUGACGAAAAGGGUUUCAUCUCCCAGGAAGACUUUGAGAAAAUUGCUGCGAGCUUUCCUUUCUCAUUCUGUGUUACAGACAAGGACAAAGACGGGCUCAUCAGCAGAGAUGAGAUCACGGCUUAUUUCAUGCGGGCCAGUGUCAUCUGUUCCAAACUCGGUCUAGGCUUCUCUCACAACUUCCAGGAAACAACAUACAUGAGGCCUACCUUCUGUGACAACUGCUCAGGAUUUUUGUGGGGCGUCAUUAAACAAGGCUACAGAUGCAGAGACUGUGGAAUGAACUGCCAUAAAUCCUGCAAGGAUCAGGUAGCAUUCGAGUGUAAGAAGAAUGCCAAACCAAACAGCAGCUCAGACUGGAGUCCACCUUCUAAUACGCCAGAUACCUCAACACGUGGUCAUGAUGUUAUGAUGGUCAGUUUUGGACUGAACCAGACUAUAAAAACUAUUAAGCAAGUUGAAUUUAAUACUCUUAACGCUUUGAUUUUUUUUUUUGCAUGGUCAGAUGAAACUCGGUUCAUAUAUCCACCUGAUGCUCUAACAGACAACUCUGAGCGCCAUAAAGAGUUUAGCCCGAGCACAGCGCCAAGAACCUUAAAGGUGCACAGAAGUACUCAGACAGAGGGAACUCCAUCAUCCAGCCAUGUGCAGUCUUCUCUGCUGCAUCCAAGCGGUCCACCCCUCACACCAUGCCCGAGCCCUGUUCCUCAGCGCAAACGAGUCUGUGCCAACAAGACUCCCAACACACUCAACCCUGCUGAGGAAAACAAGCCCACCUAUGAAGCUCUGGAGAAGGAGAAUCAGUCUCUACAGAAAAGCAACGAGAGGCUCCAGAGAAAGCUAAAAGAAGCCGAACGUGAGGUGGAGAUCCUAAAAACGCUCUUGAAACGGCAUGCUCUCCGUCCAGUGGAGGAGGAUUCCUCUUCAUCUUCUUGAUCUUGUAAAUAUUUUGGCUGUUGAAACUCAAAAUGCAGAACAGCCCUGGACUCAUGGACUUGCAAUCCACUUUACCCUACUAUAUUUAUGAUGGUUAUAAUUCACUUGAACUCAGGGUCACAAAUUCAGUUAACACAUUCAGUGUGGAAGCAGAUUCCUCUGCACAUGAGUCUAUACAUUCAAACUACUAUAAUUAUCUGUUAUUAAUAAUUAUAUGUAGGGUAUGUGUUACCUGGGGCAUUUCAUUAGUUUUUUUUUUUUUAAGUGUAUUUCUGAGCAGCUCUGCUGUUGUGAGUUUUAGACUGUACACCAGCACACAAGGUACUGCAGCUACUCUUCUUCCCAGCAUAAUGACUCUGAUAUCUGUGAAAAUAGGCAUUGGUGUGCUCAGUUUUCUUUUAAUUAGCUGCUAUGUAACAGAAGGACAGCUGGCAGGUUAGUAACACACCUUAGUAUGUGUAAUAGCAUAAUGUUAGUUCAGUCUCACCUACUUACAGGUAAGUUGUUUCAUAGUUAAUACUACAUUUAUUUAACUGUGAUGUUUCUGGUGCUAGCAGCCUUAACAAGAUGAAACAGUGAAAACCAUUAAAAUGAUAGUUCACUUGAAAAACAGACUCAGUAGCUAACCUUCAGACAGUAACAGUGUCUUGCAUAAUUAUUCGCCCCCUUGAACAUUUUGUGUUACAUCCUGGAACAAGAAAUGUAUUUAAUUUAGCCCAUCUGAGCUGUGGAUCUCUCCAGGGUUCACAGCAAAAAGGAGGUGAAUACUUUUGGAAACUUUCUGGUUUCUAUUUGCAGAUAAUUUUGCAAACGAUACUGAUUUCUUUCCACUUCAAUAUUAGAGGCUAAUUAACCAAUAAUACAGGCUGGUAACCAUCUGACAUAGAUGGUUAAAAUAGUAGUUCGAUGCGAGGCUUGUACGUCAUUUCAAAAACACAAAAGAUGCUACAUGUCCACUUCUAAUCACGGAGUAAGCAGUGAAGCCAGCAAUCUAAUGAGCAUUAGUUAAUCCUCUGACUCAAUAAGCUGAACAACACUGCUGUCAGCUUUGUAUAGUGUUUAAUAUAUUAAUCAUUUCGUAGGCCCUUUAUGAACAUCAGCGUUAUUGUCAUUUUGUUGGCGGUUACUAAGGCUCGGGAGUUGAAAUCAUGUCGCACUGCAUUAUGGGUUCUUCCUGCUGGUUUUGAUUAAUGAUAAUUUGAUUAACGAUAAAGAAAAAGUGACAGACUUUAGAAAAUUUUUGAAAAUCUUGGCUAUAAAAGAAAGAAAUUUCUAUAUAAACAAAUGACAUCAUAGCAAAUUUGUGUCCAAUUGGUCCGUUUUUUUAAAAACGGCACAGAGCGGUCACUUUGUAGUUUUGCAUCAUGAUGGACACAAUGUUUAAGAUACAUAUUUACUAUUUACUUUUUUUAAUACAUAAUGAUAUUUAUUGUUGCUAUACGGAAGCCGUGGUUCCUGUUUUCAUCUCCUUUAAAAGCAUAGAUAGUUUUUUGUUUAUUCAAAGAUAUAUUUUCUUUAUUCUAUAUUUAUGAAGGCUUUGCCUGAUUGGUUCUAAUUUGCUUAUGCUGAGCUUUGCUAAUCCUGCUGCAACCAUCACACACACACACACACACACACCCCAAAUCUCUAAGAUGCAAUGAAUAGCAU